AAAAAUAUAUAAAAAUUAAUUAUUAGAAAAGAAGAUAAUCUCGUAAUUAUGUUUAAUCAAAAAAGCUCUAUCAGCUAUCGUUGUAAGUUUCUCUUGAGAAUAUAAAAGGGGAAAUUUUUCAAAUUAAAGCAUUAACUAUAAAAGCAAUGUUUUUCAACUUGUUGCUCAGUACAAAAUUGAUACUGAAGGGAGUAAAUAUAUCGAUAUAUAAUGUUAAUUAAAUAAAUAUUUUAAAAGAACAUCGGCAACGAAACAAGUUUGACGUAAUUGUGAUUCCCAUAAAAAACAAACCAAUUAAACUGUCUUCGAAGAGAGAAAGUAUUUAAGAAAGAAAUUGAAAGUAAACCACUCGGCGUAUAUUGUUAUAGCGUAAGUUAAAAACAAAACAGAAAAAAAGACAUGGUUGUUCCAAUGUAUGAUGCUGUCGAUGAUUGCACUGAGGAGGUCAACGAAGAUUACAAAGAUUUUGUGGUUAAUCGUAAGGAAAUACGCAUAGUCCAUAAUGUCAGCAAUUUACGUUUCAUUGGCAAUGGAAAUCGCAUACGUAUUGAGAAUAAUGCAGGAGAUUUGCUGGUGAUUGGUAAUAAGACUGCGUUAAGAGUGCAAAAAAAUCGCGGCCGGAUUAAAUAUAUCGGAAACGAAGGUCGCAUUAAUUUAGGAAAGGAAUCAAUUCAGCAAUCAGUCGAUUAUAUUGGUUGUAAAGGCAUUUUAAAAAUUUGUGAUUUUUUUCUCUGUCAAAAACAUCGACAACCAUCUGACUCAUUAAACACGCAUGCGGCAAAAGCAAGAGAUCAAACAAGUUCAAAAGUGGCAAAAAAAUCACAAACAUUCGGUGCUUACCAUUAUUCAUUAUUAAAUCAAAAAAUUGAUGAAUUGACAAUACACAAAAAAAUCCCCGUUAAAACAAUAUCAAGUGAUUUAAAAACAAAUCCUACAAUUGUACAAAAUAUUGGAAAUAUAAAUAUAGAGAAUGCAUGUAAUAUUUAUAUAACAUCUCAUGUUGACGAUGUCAUGUCACAAAUUAUGUAAGAUUCAAUUAGAUCACUGUUUUCUGCUAUUUUGAGGGUCUAAUUGCUUGGCUUGAUAAAGACUAAGAAUUCGGGCGGCCGUAAUCAGUUUCAAUGACUUUUCCAUAUCUAGCGCUAAGUUAUUUUAUUCAAGUUCCUACUUGCGUCGAAUUCAAUUCCAUCGAAAUAAGCCGUAAUUAACUAUGGAUCCAUUCGCAAUUUGCCAACUGGCUAAACUUCUUGUCCUGCCAUAAUUUCCUUAUCACAAUAACUGACAAUAGGUACAUGAAAUCCAAGU